AUGGAAGCGGAACCUGAAAAGACUGAGCUGGAGGGCGUCUUCUUCAAGCGGGUUGCAGAUUUCUUGCCCCAGCGGAAGGUGGCAAGGACAGGGAACCCAAAAACUCCAGAUGGCUUUGCCGCUUCUUGGUUGGCUAUGCUCAGUGGACGCUUCCUGGUCUUGAGCGACAAUAUCGUCACCGAGGAUAAGGGCGUUUCCACCGCAGCCAGGGACAAUUUGGUCAAUGAAUGCACCAACAUGGGUCUAAUCAGCGCCCUCAUGAUGACAAUUGUGGUACCCAUGGCCUAUGACAACGUGGACGACUGGUUGCAGGAGGACUUUGCUGGAAGCGGCUUCGCCUUUCAAGAAAGUUGGAUCGGGCAGCAGUUGAGCGAAAGUGCAAUUCAAGAGGCAGUGACAGGCCUACAUGACAUGAGCCUGAUCUGUUAUUUCGUGGGCUCUGUUGGCUACCUUUGUUCCACCAUCUCCACGGUGGUUCUCUUGUUGUGCGUCGGGGAGAUCGAAUCAGAUGCCGGCUCGGUGGAGUUCCUCCGGCGCGUUGGCAGUGGCACUCGCGUCCCGUAUUUGUUCUGGUGGAAUGGUGCCGUCUUCGUCUUCCCCACAGUGGUGCGAUAUGUGUGCUCCUGCAAGACCAUCGGGGGACUUAUCUUCCUGAUCCUUUGCAUCGUGAUACCCGCGUUGCUGAUCUUGUCGGCCCUAAAUCACUAUGUGCGAUGUUGCCUGUGCACACACAACUGCAUCAACGAGUUCGAGGACUUGAACUUAUCACAGAGUGAAGCGGAAGAGGAUGUGAACACCUGGUUCCAGCACAGCAAGGAAGGCGGCUUGGAGGAUUGCUUGCAGGAUAUGGCAGUGCGCCAUGGCAAGCUCGUCGUCUGCUUGGAUCGGAGUUCUCAACAGCAUGUGGCGAUGUACUUCCACAAGAAGCAGGCUGAGAGGGUUGGAAUUCCGCUCUCGCCAGCCGAACUCUACCGAGUUGCGUACGUAAGUCAGUAG